AUGGACAAAUCCGACAUAUCCCAUGUCGAGAUUGCCAAUGACGUUUCCUUGUCUGGCAUUCGGGGAGAUGGACAAGUCGAGCUCUUGCGUGGGGGUGAUGUGGUGCUUAUCCCGACACCAUCGGUCGAUCCUAGAGAUCCAUUGAACCUACCGACAUGGCGAAAAUGGGUGUUGCUAGUUCUCGUUUCUGCAUACAGCUGUACAGCUGUCGUCCUUGCCUCUGGAAUGGGAUCUAUCUUUACCUCUGUCCUGGCAUCUUAUCCCGGACAAGAAGCCCGAGCCAACGAUCUCAUGACUUACCCGACACUGUUCAUGGGUAUUGGUAACCUCAUUGCCAUGCCCUGGGCUUUUACCUGCGGCCGACGACCUGUUUUCCUUGCAUCGAUGCUCCUGCUCAUCGGGGCUGGUAUCUGGUGCCAAUGCUCGCAGAGUCUGGGAAGUCAUAUCGCUGGUCGGAAUAUCAUGUCUCUUGCUGCUGGUCAGAGUGAAGCCUUGAGCCCAAUGAUCAUCCAGGAGAUUCACUUCUUGCAUGAGCGUGGUCGGAAGGUUGCCUGGUUUAUCUUCAUCCAGAACAUUACUUCCGGUGUGUUCUUCGUCGUUUCCACUUACAUGGUCGGCCAUUGGGGGUGGAGAUGGUGGUAUGGGUUCUUCACUAUCCUGAACGCGUUCAUCUUUUUGUUCUCGGUGAUUUUCGUUUCUGAAUCUUACUUUGAACGAUCGGAUGCGGCCCUGCGUGGGAGGCGCUGCCUGAUUCCAAGAUCUCUGACGCGCAUGGCGCCGAUGUACGCUCCGCGCACCUGGGCUUAUGAUCUCAAGUUCAUGGUUGUGAAGCCCCGUCUGCGUGAUAUCCCAACCUUCUACAAGCAACUCCUGCAGGGUCUUCUCAUUCCAACCAUCUUCUGGCUUCUCGUGCUCAAUGGUGCCCACCUCGGGGUUUACGUAUUCCAGGCUUCCACUUUCGCGGGCACUCUGAUGAGCCCUCCGUAUUCUUUCGCUUUUGAGGCUCUAGGCUACGUCCAGGCUGGGCAAAUUGUUUGCUGUCUGGUCUUCCUGCCUCUCUUGGGAUAUGGAAGCGAUCUUGUGAUCAAAUACUUCAGUCGUCGCAAUGGUGGCCUCUACAAGCCUGAGUACCGUCUCCCUGUCAUCGGUAUCCCCGCUAUUGUCGGCAUCGUCUGUGGAGUCAUCUACGGACAGGCUGCUGCCAACCCGGGGAAAUGGAGCGCGGCUGCGAUCGUUAUUGGCUAUAAUGCUAGCUACUUUGCGUUCUUGGGCGCAAACAUCGUUGGUAUUACUUACGCCGUGGAUAGUUUCCCCCAGCGCGCUGCGCCAUUCUUGGUUGUGGUUUGUGCUGGACGUGGUUUUAUUUCCUUCGGUCUGAGCUAUGCUACGUUGCCUGCUAUUAAAACCAUCGGUUAUGAUUGGACCAUGAUUGUUGAGGUAAUUAUUUGUGCGGUACUCGCGCUUCUUGCUAUCCCAAUUUUCUUCUUUGGACCUCGUAUCAGACGGUUUGCCCAGAAGUGGUGUGGUGUUGAUGAGAAGGCGAACUAA